CCUACCGAGGACACAGCUGCGGUUGGCGUUGCUGCUACAGAAUUGUAGAAAGUUUGUUGUCUCAUUUCUGUACAUAGCUCCUGUUCGUAAUCCAGGGUUUACCUUGGCACCACUCUGUUCAUCAGUAAGAUAUGACCUGAUACCAUGAGUUGACGGCACAGUGUACCGGACCAGAGAGAGAUGAUUUCUAGAGUCCUCAACCCAAGCAAAGAAAAUGGAUGAUCUCCUUCUAAAUGCUCUGGAGAAUCUCUCAGAGGAAAACCUUAAAAAAUUUAAAUUUAAAUUAUUAUAUACUAACUAUGAAGAAAAAGGGACUAUCUCCAAACAUCAGCUGGACAAGGCUGCUCAUGUCACAGAUCUUGUGCAACUCUUGAUAGAAUUCUAUAGUGAAGAUGCGGUGGAUGCAACUUUAUAUUUUUUUGACAAAAUCUGUGUGAGAGAUUCUGCUGCUAGACUCAGAAAGGCUAUAGAGAAAGAUUACAGGGUGAAGUAUAAAGAACAUAUUAAAAAACAGUACCAGUUAAUAAAAGAAAGGAACUCUCGUCUCGGUGAGAAUGUGAAUCUAAGCAAAAGGUAUACAAAAUUGACUAUUAUAAGCAAGCUUCGUUGCAAAAAGGAGAGAGAACAUGAAAUAAUGGCCUCCGGAUGGAGACAUGCAAAAAUCAUGACUGAACAAGCUCGUUCUUCUGUUACCAUGAACUCCUUAUUUAAUCCUGAUGAAAAUGGACAAACACCACAAAUUGUUGUUCUGCAGGGAGCUGCAGGUAUUGGAAAAACAAUGACUGCAAAAAAGAUCAUGUUAGACUGGGCUUCUGGAGAAGUUUAUGAGAACAGAUUUGCAUACAUUUUCUACAUAAAUUGUAGAGAAAUAAACUAUGGAAGUAAGCAAGGAACAGUGAUUGACUUAAUUACUAAAAAUUGUCCUGACAAAAAUGUACCAAUUGAAGAGAUUUUGUUAAAUCAAGAAAAACUUCUCUUCAUAAUUGAUGGUUUUGAUGAACUGAGGUUUUCCUUUGAUCGAAAGGAAGAUAGUCUGUGCACAGAUCCCAGGAAGGAGAUGCCAAUGAAAGAUACAUUGAGCAGUUUAUUUAGGAAAAAGUUGCUUCCUAAAUCCUACUUAAUGAUCACUACGAGACCUACUGCCCUGGAGAAACUCCAACAAUGUAUGGAGUGUUCACGUUAUGCAGAGAUACUGGGAUUUUCUGAAGAUGACAGGAAGGAAUAUUUCCACAAGUUCUUUGGGAAUAAUAUUGAUGCAACAAGAGCAUUUGAUUUUGUGAAACAAAACGAGAUGCAUUUCACCAUGUGCUUUGUCCCCAUUGUGUGUUGGAUCACCUGCACUGUUAUGAAACAACAGCUGGAGGCAGGUAAAGAUUUUGCACAAAAUUCAAAAACACUCACUGCUGUGUAUGUGCUUUUCUUACACAGUUUAUUAGAGCCACACAGCAACAGUCCAAACCAAAAUAUGCAAGAUAAUCUGAAGAAACUUUGUUCCUUGGCUGCAGAUGGAAUUUGGAAACAGAAAAUACUGUUUGGGGAGGAAGAAAUAAAGGAGUACAGUUUAGAUGAAUUCUACUCUCUCCCCCUCUUUCUGAAUGAGAGUGUUUUUAAAAGGGACAUCGAUUGUGUAAGUGUCUACAGCUUCAUUCACUUAAGUUUUCAGGAGUUUUUUGCUGCUUUGUUUUAUGUACUGGAGGAAGAUGAACAAAUGAAAUAUUCAGUGACUCCUAACAGAGAUGCAAAACUGUUAUUAGAAAACUAUGGAAAAUCUGGAAAUUAUUUAAUGUUAACAGUGCGAUUUCUGUUUGGUCUCUUAAAUGAAGAGACAAUGAAGGACAUCAAGAAAAAAACUGGCUUGAAGAUUUCACCUAAAAUAAAGCCAGAUUUACUGAAAUGGGUAAAAACAAAACAAAAAAAAUUGUCAUUUUCCUCUUUGCAUGAUGAGCUGAUUUACAAGCUUGAAGAAUUUCAUUGUUUGUAUGAGAUCCAAGAAGAAAGUUUUGUGAAAAGUGCUUUGGAUCAUUUCACUGAAAUAGAUAUAAGUAAUUACUCUUUAACCCAAAUGGAUCAAAUGGUUAUUUCAUUCUUUGUAAAGAGUUGUCCUACACUGAAGUCACUUUGGCUCUCUGGAUGUAGAUUUGGAGUUGAAGACAAGAAUGAAGAAUUAGCCCCACCACCAGCUAAGCAGAUAUGUCUGAGAGAACAGGCUGAGCCAAAUAAUUCACCUGUCUACCUGCUGUGUCAAGCACUGAAGGAUCCAAACUGCAAAUUAAAGAAACUGAAAUUAGAGAUGUGCAGUCUCACAGUUGCUUGUUAUAGGGACCUGUCCUCUGCUCUCAGCAUUAAUCAGACCCUGAGAGAGCUGGACCUGAGCUAUAAUGACCAGGGAAACCGAGCAGUGCCGGACCUAUGUAAGGGACUAAAACAUCCAAACUGCAAACUGCAAACACUCAGGUUGCAGAGUUGUGGUCUCACAACUGGUGGUUGUGGGUCUCUCUCCCACAUGCUCCGUACCAACCAGACCCUCUCAGAACUGGAGCUGAAGUGGAAUCGACUGGGAGAUUCAGGAGUGAAACUGCUGUGUGAAGGGCUAAAAUGUCAAAAUAGCAGAUUGCAAAAAAUAGUAUUGUGGGGUUGCGAACUUACAGCUGAUUGCUGUGGGGAGCUCUCUUCUGUUCUUGCUACCAGAAAGACCCUGACUGAGGUUAACCUGAAUUUAAAUGAACUGGGCGAUUCUGGUGUGAGGCGGCUGUGUACGGGGCUGAAACAUCCAGACUGCAAACUGCAGAAAUUGUGGUUAGAUAAGUGCGGUCUCACAGCCAGUUGUUGUGGGGUGCUCUCCUCUGUUCUCAGCACCAGCCAGACUUUGAUAGAACUGAGCCUGAACUUGAAUAAACUGGGUGAUUCAGGGGUGAAGCAAUUGUGUAAGGGACUGAAACAUCCAGACUGUAAACUGCAGACACUGGGUUUGUUUAGCUGUGAUCUCACAGCUGAUUGUUGCGGGGAUCUCUCUUCUGCUCUUGGUGUAAAUCAGGUCCUGACAGAGCUGGACCUGAAGUGGAAUCACCAACUGGGAGAUACAGGAGUGAAGGUGCUUUGUGACAGACUGAAACAUCCAAGCUGCAGACUUAAGAAAAUAAGAUUUUCUUGGUGCAAUCUUACAGCUGAUUGUUGUAGCGAUCUCUCCACUGUUCUCAGUACAAAUCCGAUCCUGACAGAGCUGGACCUCGGGGAGAACAACCUGGGAUAUUCAGGUGUGAAGCUGCUGUGUGAAAAACUGAAAGACCAAAAUUGCAAGCUCAGGAAAAUAAGGUUGCGGUAUAGCAAUACGAGUGAAGAAAUCAGAAGAGAGCUGAGCGCUGUGGAAACAAUGAACCCUCAUCUGGUCAUACAGCUAUAAUGUUGUGCAGCCCAAGAAGGGCAACAGUUAACUUAUCUUCAGGGUGUUAAGGAUUGUUUCCACUGGGUGGAGCAAUUGAUAAUAUGGGAAGUAUACUGCAAUCUUGUUUGUUUAAAAAAAAAAAAAGGCAGAGUUUUGUUUGCCUGAUCAUGGUAAGAGGAAAAACAGCAUGCCAUUCCGUGCUAGGAAAUCCCCAAGUCUGCUAUGUAGGGACUUGUGCCCAAGAAGCCCUGUCUCUUUGAUUCCUCUCAGGGUCGUGUUCACAACUUCUGCUGGCUUGCUCACUCCAACACAUACAGCCUGCAGGCAGUAUCCUAAUCCCUGCAUUUGUAUGGUUUUUUUCCCCAUAGAUUUUAUUUUUUUCCUGCCUUAUUUUUAAAAUAGAAAUUCAAGUCUUUGGAGACUGUGCAGCUGCAGCUACUCUCAGAUGUUACAUGAUACUUCUGUAAUGUGAUGCUCAAAGCAGUGCCUCUCCAUCACUGGCAGCAAUGGUGGGAGUGGUUACAGCCGUGUGGUAAAUCAUCACAUUAGUUAAGCACUGAUUUGGACAAAGCAUGGUCAACUAUACUUUCCUUCACUACUACUGCCCCAAGGCACUGAGAGAGAUACCGGCUGCUCCAAUCCCCAGAAGAGUGUGUAGCACGUGACUGGAUCAGUAUAUGAGUGGCUCAGUCUGCUGUGGAGGAGGAUGAUGACUUCCCUGAUGACUUUUAGCCCAGUGGUUAAUACCCACCUGGGAUGGUGGAGAGCUCCAGUUCAGGCCCCCUUCUCCCCCUCACGUGGAGAGGGAUUUAAACAAGGAUCUUCCACCUUUCAGGGGAGCAUUCUAGCCACUGGACUAUGGGACAAUCUCAGAAGGGGCUCCCUCAGUCCUUCCUGUUGAAGAUGUUCCACGUUAAGUAAGUAAGUAAAUAAAUAUUAAGUAAAUAAAUAUUAAGUUAGAAUAUUUCUAUGCAUACUGGUUAGGGGCACUCCCCUGAGAAAGGGCUGAUCUCUUUUCAAAUGCCUUCUGCCUGUCAGGUGGAAGGGGGACUUGAACAGGAGGUCCCUCACAUGCAGGUGAGUACCCUAUCCUCUAGGCUAAUGGCUUUGGGGGUGGGGUGUCUCCUCCUGGUUUUGUUUCAGCCUCCGCAUGUGACAGUGGCCAAACACAUAGCUUCUCCCAGUUCACAGAUCACAAGCAGAGAAGUCCAGACUACAGGGAGACACCUAAGUGCCUAUCUCCAAGAGAGAGGCAAGUCUUAGCUCACAUCCUUCUUGGUAGCAUCUCCCAUUGGCUAGUGUAAGUGCCUCCCCCGGCAAUGCUGGUUUUGUGGAACGCAGUCUAAAGCACCUCUCCCCGCCCCCCAUUCAUUGUAUUGGGAGCCUAGGUGCUGAACUCGGGCUUUGUGGAUCACAGUGUUCUUCCUGUGAUUCCACGGU